CGGGGGAGGACGCAGGCAGCAAGCACUUGGCAGCCCACGAUGAAAUCCUGGCAGCUAAUUGCAGUGGUGGGAGAUGCCCUUCAGGAGAUCAAAGCAGACAGCAGCACCUGUGUGGAAAUAGAGGAUAGGAAGGUUUCAAGGCAACAGAUGAAUUGUGAAAGAGAACAGCUCAGGGGUAAUCAGGAGGCAGCAACCGCCCCGGAAACCAUGGCUCAGCCUUACGCCUCGGCCCAGUUCGCCCCUCCCCAGAACGGCAUCCCCGCGGAAUACACGGCCCCCCACCCGCACCCAGCACCCGAGUACACGGGCCAGACCACCGUCCCCGAGCACACGUUGAACCUGUACCCGCCCAGCCAGUCACACUCGGAGUCGAGCGCAGGGGACACUGGCGCACAGACCGUGUCGGGCACCGCCACACAGACAGAUGACGCAGCGCCGACGGAUGGGCCAGCCCAGACACAACCCCCCGAAAACACCGACAACAAGUCCCAGCCCAAGCGGCUCCACGUCUCCAACAUCCCCUUCCGCUUCCGGGACCCAGACCUCCGGCAAAUGUUCGGCCAAUUUGGUAAAAUCUUAGAUGUUGAAAUUAUUUUUAAUGAGCGAGGCUCCAAGGGAUUUGGUUUCGUAACUUUCGAAAAUAGUGCCGAUGCGGACAGGGCGAGGGAGAAAUUACACGGCACCGUGGUAGAGGGCCGUAAAAUCGAGGUAAAUAAUGCUACAGCACGCGUCAUGACAAAUAAGAAGACUGUCAACCCUUAUACAAACGGCUGGAAAUUGAAUCCCGUGGUGGGCGCGGUGUAUAGUCCUGAAUUCUAUGCAGGCACGGUGCUGUUGUGCCAGGCCAACCAGGAGGGCGCGUCCAUGUAUACCGCCCCCAGUUCUCUUGUGUAUACUUCCGCAAUGCCCGGCUUCCCGUAUCCAGCCGCCACUGCAGCCGCUGCCUACCGAGGGGCGCAUCUGCGCGGUCGUGGCCGCACCCUCUACAACACCUUCAGGGCUGCAGCGCCCCCACCCCCGAUCCCGGCAUACGGCGGUGUUGUGUACCAGGAUGGAUUUUAUGGUGCAGACAUUUAUGGUGGUUACGCUGCUUACCGCUAUGCCCAGCCCACCCCUGCCACGGCUGCUGCCUAUAGUGACAGUUACGGACGAGUUUAUGCUGCCGACCCCUACCACCACACACUUGCUCCAGCCCCCACCUACGGCGUUGGUGCCAUGAAUGCUUUUGCACCCUUGACUGAUGCCAAGACUAGGAGCCAUGCUGAGGAUGUGGGUCUCGUUCUUUCUUCAUUGCAGGCUAGUAUAUACCGAGGGGGAUACAACCGUUUCGCUCCAUACUAAUGACAAAAAAAUAAAAAAAUACCACAAAAAAAAAAAAAACAAAAAACAAAAAAAAACAACAACCAUAGAAACCUUCCAACGAGGGGAGAAAGGAAGCUUUCCGAGGCCUGGGUAUUGCAAUACAUGCAGUAGUACAUCAUUUUAGCAACUCUAAAAAAAAUAAUAAUAAAAAAUAAAAAAGAGAAAAAAAUUACAUUUUUUAUCUUAUACCUCAGAUAUUUUGUUCUGUGUAUUUUAAUAUCGUGGGUCUUUCAUUUCUGAAGGUUCCAUCGUUUGAUGGCUGGCUGUAGGAAUUUUGUUUUUCAUUUGUUGUUGUUGUUGUUGGGUUUAUUUAUUUAUUUAUUUAUUUUUGGUGGUUGAUUUAGAGAGAUGCUAGCUAUAAACGAAAACUGGUUUAGGGGCCCUAUCCAGAGUGUUCUAUCAUGUAAAUGAAUUUAUGCUGACUUGUAAGCUCCGCGGGUUAUCCACUAUGGGGAAAAAGAGUACCAGUGAGUACAGUUAGUCCAUUUUUAAACCCCCCUGUAUCUCCAUUAUUUCAUUUUAUGGAAGGGGGAAGAAGGGUGGGAGGGACUGAGGAGAUUGAGGCGGCUGAGGGUUGGCUGAAAGAAAACAGGAAUUAGUAGUUGACGAAUUUGAAUGACCCACUGCACCAAUGAUCAUACACAAAGGUUCUAAGUUACUCAUUGUUAGUUCAAGCCAAAGGUUGCAUAGUUAAGGCAGGGGGUCCUUGGAGCAGUGCUUGUAUUAUGGAGUUGAAUGGAGCUGUGGAAGCUGCCCUCAAGGACCAUUCCACCUGGCAGUCUUCAGCUUCUUAAGUAGCCUUUAGGUAGUUAGAAAACCGCUAGUCGAUCCACAGCUUCUUUUUAUAUUUCUUCCAGUAUAAUAAAUUAUUGAUAUCAUUGCUGACUUUUAUAUUAUGGGAGGGAAAAUAACAUUAAUAAAAAGGUGAUAAAAAGCACUGUUUCUAUUUUUUUCUUUUUUUCCAAAAAAAAGAAAGUAAUAAAAACUUAAAAUUCUUUGUACCAGUUAAAAAAUAAUAAUGUAUAAAAAAUAUGUACCUCUGUGCAGUGGAGUUGUUCUGUUCUAGAAACAGUCUCUGAAGCUUUAGUUGUAGCCUCGUUAGAGAUACACGUCUAUCAUUUUUAUGGAAUUACAUGGUAAUUAUAUUUGGAUUUCUAGAAGCAUUUUACAAGUAUUGCAAUCACUGAGUAGAAAUCAUCCUGGUAUUUCCAUCAGCUUGGUACUUUUUGGACACAUGACCGUAUUGUGUAAGCAAUCUGCAAUUUUUCAGCCUGUGAGAGCUGCCCUCCCUCUCCUCCCCAAAUCCCUAAGAUGAGCGCCAACCAGUCUCUUCAGUUCUGUAUCCAAGGCCCAGGACAUUUGUCAAAAGGAAGCAAAAAAAAAAAAAAAAAAAAAAAAAAAAAAAACAACCAAAAAAGUAGGUCCCCCCCCUUUCAUCCUUGGCCACCAUCCUGGCCACCACAUGCGCCUCCUUCUCUGCUGCAGGGCCAGAGUCGCAGCUGAAAAUUGCAGGUUGUGUCUAUUUCUUCUGUUUUGAUCUCUUUUCAUGUUGUCCUGUUUACAAAGUUCACUUAAGUCGGGGUAUCUGUCACGGGUCUUCCUGUUUUUGUAUUUAACCCCAGAGCAGCCCAGAGUCCCGCUCUGGCUCUGGCUGCCCUUGUGAAAUCUGUACUGUGUCAGCCCUGGGCUCGCACUUUAUUUCUAGUAAGUUCUCAACUCACCGCUAUGAACCUGCCAAAUCGCUGUAACAACUCUGCUUUCCAACAACAACAACAACAACAAAACAAAAAACCAACAAAACUGAAAAACAAAAACAACAAAAAAAUCCCCCCAAAUGUGUUUGUGAUCCAGCUUUUCCCGCCAUUCUCUGUGCAUGCAGUAAGAUCGUCGGAUAUUAAAAAAAACCAUCAAUAAAAUUUCACAAGAUUUGAACACCACGUUUUUUUGUAGCUUGAUAUUUCAGACAGAGCACUGUCCUCUUGGAGAGAAAGAGAAAGGGGAGAAGGGGGGAACGAUCCGCAGCCCAAAGUGCUUUUUACGAGACUUCUUGGGGUGGGCGGGGGGGAGGGGGGUGUCCUAACCUCAUUCAGACAUUAUCAUUCUCCUACCUGGAAAAAAAAUCACAGACUAACCUGACCUCAGGCGUGGGGAGAGGUGACAGACACAGGGAACUGGGGAGAAGACCCCAUUUCUCUCCCGCCCACCCUGGCCUCAGAUGGCAAAGUCCAGAAUUUGCUUCGUAUUUGGAAUCACAAACAUUGAAAUUCUUAACUGUUGUCGGUUCAAGUACAAUUAAUUUGCAGUUUUGGUUUCCAUUGAUGAGCUGUACUUUCCCCCAUGACUGUAUGUGGUUUUAAUACUCAUUUUAAGCAAGUGGGUACCAACUGAUAGUACAGAAUUUUUUGUUUCGGCACUUCUCCAAGAUGCCAAUAAGUCAUUUUCAAAUGUAUGUCAGAGAUGUAAACCAACAUUUUGGAUUUUUUUAAACCAGUAUUUAUUUGGAAUGUUUUCAGUUAUCUAAAUAACUAUUGCUAUUAAUGAAUUAUGGAGAAAAAAGAUUAAUAUCAUGUGUGACAUAUAGUGACUUCUUAACACACACAUUGUGUAAUCUGCAAACCCAGAAAAUGUGUAUAUCUGUCUUUAGAAAUUAGUGUUUCUAUCACUUACAGUGGUUUGUGAAUAAAGAAAACUGGUUUGUAAUAUCAAAAAAAAAAUAAAAGCUUAGUCUCUAAAGGUA